GUCAACGGAUAUUUCACCAAAUUUCCUUGGCAGCAGUGUCAUCCUUGGUCAAGUUAACAUUUAUGAGGCAUCGUUUUAAAAUACUUAACAAGGACGUUCUCUUGGAUAUAAUCGAAAAUAAACCCGCUUACAAGCCUCUCAUAACCGUAUCGAAUCAUCAUUCUUGUCUUGAUGAUUUGCUUUUGUUUGGCAUGGCGCUUCCCUAUAAAUAUCUUCUUGAUGUUGACAAAUUAAAGUGGACUUUAGCCGCAGUUGACAUUUGUUUUCUGAAUAAGAUUAGUUGUCUAUUUUUUACUUCCGGGAAGGGAGUCCCGGUAUGGCGGCGUGUUCGUGAUCCAGUUACAGGAGAAGUUAUCUUGCCUGGUUUGGGUGUGUUUCAAAAUAGCAUGGACUUUUGCCUCGAGCUACUAAACGCUGGUCGUUGGGUUCACGUGUUUUCACAGGGUCGCAUAAUUUUGCCUCAUGAGCGAGCACAAGAGUCGAAAGUUAGACUGCGUUGGGGUAUCGGACGACUUCUGGCCGAGGCUUCCGUGAAUCCCACGGUUCUCCCAAUAUGGCAUUGUGGUUUCGAUGAUCUGAAUCCUUGCGAGCCACCUUAUGCGCGCAAUGCACUCAAUCGUCUGUUUGGUCCACCUCGUUGUGUAACAGUGAGCGUUGGUACGCCAUUCGAAGUGGGUGGUAUUCUCCGAAGAACCAACGACACCGGAGGUGCACUUUAUUCUCGCCUUACGACUGUGGUGCAGAGGGCGCUCUAUCGUCUGAAGGCAGUAGCCGAGGCUGAACACGCCAAACACCUAACUUUCGUCAAACAGUAG